AUUUUUUUAUUUAUCCAAAAAAAAAAAAAAGGAAUUAAUUUAAAUUUAAUUUUUAAAAAAGAGAGAUUCUUGGCAGAUCAUUGUCCUUCUUGGUAUUUGUGCAAUAAAUAAAAUUUUUUAAAAAAUAUUAUUGAGAACCUCAUUUGGGAACUUGAGGCUCUCAACUUUCCCAAAUUGGUUUUUGUUGCAAAAUUUCUUGGAAAUUUUGAGAGUCUUGGGAAAAUUUUGACUUGGGUAUUUGUUAAUUUUGAUUUUUAUUUCCUUGAAAAUUAAAAAAAAAAAGAUUUUUUUGAUGAAUUUGGGAUUUCUUUGAGGUUCUUGAUCAUCCCAUUUUUUUAUUUUUUUUUGAAUUUUGUGAAUUUGGGGUUCUUUUUUUGGUUCUUGAGGAUAAAACAAAUGUGUUUUUGGUGAACCCCAUUAAGGAAUUUGAGGUUCUUGAUCACCCCAUUUGGUUGUUUUUUGGGUAUAUUUUGUGAAUUUGGGGUUUUCUUGGUGGAAAGUUUCUAUCUUGGUAAAUUUUCCUGGAAAAUAUUUGAGAUUUUGGAGAUAUCUUGUUAAUUUUUCUGGGAAAAUUUGGUGGGGUGCAUUCAAGAAUCUUGAAAUAGUUGGAUAAUUUGGUGAAAAGUGAUCAAAGAUUUGAUUUUUAUGGUGUUUUGACCAGCUCAGAACGAUAUCCGAAAACUAUGAGGUUCUUGAGCCUUGUGGGGAAUUCAUUUGGAUGCUCUGCGUCAGGCGAACGGUUAGUUUCUGCUGCUAGAGAUGGGGAUAUCCAGGAAGCUAAGGCUUUACUGGAUUAUAAUCCGCGUUUAGUGAGGUAUUCGACUUUUGGUGUUCGAAAUUCACCGCUCCAUUACUCUGCCGCGCAAGGACAUCACGAGAUUGUUACUCUCUUGCUCGAGUCUGGAGUUGACAUCAACCUCAGAAACUACAGGGGGCAGACUGCUUUGAUGCAAGCAUGUCAGUAUGGUCACUGGGAGGUCGUUCAGACUCUCAUUCUUUUCAGAGCCAAUUUUCAUAGGGCUGAUUAUCUCAACGGAGGUACAGCACUUCAUUUAGCUGCUCUGAAUGGACAUUCUCGAUGUAUACGGCUUAUCCUUGCUGAUUAUAUUCCUAGCAUCCCAAAUUUCUGUAAUGUCAUGAGAAAGAGAUCACGAAACGAAGACUCUAUCCAAGAAUUUGAUGACUUUGCCCUGCAUGAGGUGAUCAAUAAACCUGCCGAUGGUGGCAUCACCGCCCUUCAUAUGGCAGCACUGAAUGGUCACGUUGAUAGUCUGCAGCUACUCUUGGACUUGGGGGCUUCAGUCACCAAGGUUACUGUGGAAGACGGGACUACAAUCGAUUUGAUAGGUGCAGGAAGUACUCCACUUCAUUAUGCUGCAUGUGGCGGGAAUGCUCAGUGUUGUCAGCUUUUAAUUGCCAGAGGUGCCAGUCUCAGUGCAGAAAAUGUGAAUGGGUGGACCCCGUUGAUGGUUGCUCGAUCAUGGCAUAGAGAUGGGCUGGAGGAUAUUUUAAGUGCUCUUCCAGAAAAGCAACCACGUCCUCUUCCUUCAUCAUUCUUAUGCCUCCCUCUUAUGAGUAUAGUGAAGAUUGCUCGAGAAUGCGGAUGGAGAACGAUUGAUUCACACUCGUCGUGUUUAGAUCCUUGUGUCGUUUGUCUGGAAAGGAAGUGUACUGUUGCUGCAGAAGGUUGUUUUCACGAGUUCUGCACGCGCUGUGCGUUGUACCUAUGUUCCACCAGUAGCACAUCAACCGUAGCCCACGGCCCGCCAGGCUCGAUUCCUUGCCCUUUAUGCCGACACGGCAUUGUUUCAUUCAUUAAGCUGGCGCACACGACCCCAAUCAUCAAAGAAGCAGGAAGAACGAGUCUAUCGUUGCCUUUUUGUUCCUGUACAGCCGACGGACAAGAACCAACUACGUUAGAAACGCCUUUCUGCAAGCCGGACUUAUAUUGCACCCGGCUCUCCCCUCUCGGUUCUUCCUUCCGCUCGUUAAGCUGCCAAAAGCUCCCGGCAUUGAAAUUCAGCCCAGGUCUUUGUAUGGGAACGCCAGACACGAGUCCAUCUUUAGUUCCAAGAACCGGUGAACGAGAACAUCUAACUCGAUGUUCACGAUCGACCUUUAGGCGAUCAACGUCAAACGUCGAAGCUAGAAGAUGGUUGUGUUCCUUCAGCCAAUCUGUAGAAACUGGAAGCAGUUGCUGAAGGGUGCAUGGAGCUAUUUGUUCACAUCUUUUUUUUUUUUUUUUUUAAAUAAAAUUAUUUUUUGGUUCUUAUUUAUUCAAAAAAUCUUUUGUUUAUAUACCUCUUUGAGUAUUGUCCACUAAAAUGUAAUUGAAAUAUUUCAUCUCUAUGAAGUUUGGCAUGUAAAUAAUAUGUUAUAUAAGUGAAAUGCAAAAGAAUUUGGUCUGGUA